AUGGCUGCCUUAAAAUCCUCACAGUCUGUUCGGUUCGCCCGCUUCGACCUCGCCAGGCUCCGCUCCUCCGGCGCGCGAGGGGCCUCGGUGGUUGCGGCGCCGGCGCCCGGCCUGUGUCAGAGCCCGCGGCGGCUCUGCUCCGCCCUGCUGCAGAGGGACGCGUCGGGCCGCGCCGCUCGCCCACCCCCGGGCCGCCCCCCGGCCUGCGUCCCCCCGCUCCUGGCGGCGGCCUCGGGCGCCGCGCGGUCGUGUUCCCGAACAGUGUGUUCCGUGGGAAACGGUAAGCGACUCUAUAGUGCUCUCGCCAAGGCACUGAACAGCAGGGCUGCCUCCCAGCACCCAGAAUAUUUGGUGUCACCUGACCCAGAACAUCUGGAGCCCAUCGAUCCCAAAGAACCCCUCGAGGAGUGCAGGGCUGUCCUGCACACUCGACCUCCCCUGUUCCAGGGGGAUUUUGUGGAUCUGAGGACAGAUUGCCCCAGGAGCCACCCACCUAUUGGGGUCAUGCAAUGGAACAUCCUCGCCCAAGCUCUUGGAGAAGGAAAAGACAACUUUGUACAAUGCCCUGUAGAAGCGCUCAAGUGGGAAGAAAGGAAAUGUCUCAUCCUAGAAGAAAUCCUAGCCUACCAGCCCGAUAUAUUGUGCCUCCAAGAGGUGGACCACUAUUUUGACACCUUCCAACCACUCCUCAGUAGAUUGGGCUAUCAAGGCACGUCUUUCCCAAAGCCCUGGUCACCUUGUCUAGAUGUAGAACACAACAAUGGACCAGAUGGCUGUGCCUUGUUUUUCCUCCAGAACCGAUUCAAGCUAGUCGACAGUGCCAAUAUUAGGCUGACAGCCAUGACAUUGAAAACCAAUCAGGUGGCCAUUGCACAAACUCUAGAAUGCAAGGAGUCCAGUCGACAGUUCUGUAUUGCUGUCACCCACUUAAAAGCACGUACUGGUUGGGAACGAUUUCGCUCAGCUCAAGGCUGUGACCUCCUCCAGAACCUGCAGAACAUCCCUCAAGGAGCCAAGAUUCCCCUUAUUGUUUGUGGGGACUUCAAUGCAGAGCCAACAGAGGAGGUCUACAAACACUUAGCUUCCUCCAGCCUCAACCUGAACAGUGCGUACAAGCUGCUGAGCCCUGAUGGGCAGUCAGAACCCCCAUAUACGACCUGGAAGAUCCGGAUGUCAGGGGAAUGCCGGCACACGCUGGAUUAUAUCUGGUACUCUAAACGUGCUCUGAGUGUGAGGGCAGCUCUUGAUUUGCUCACUGAAGAACAGAUUGGACCCAACCGGCUACCAUCUUUUAAUUAUCCUUCAGACCACCUAUCUCUAGUGUGUGACUUCAGCUUUAAUGAGGAACCUGAUGGACUUUUAUAAAUGCUUGUCUUUUUAAUCACAAGAGUCUUAACCAGGGAUGUUUCAGGAAACUAAAAUAGGAUAAGAAGUUGCCCGAGGAAGGAUUCCCAGUUUCUUUUGUCAUUUUCCAUGUUUCCAGCAUGCCCUUGGGAAGGAAUCCCAUUAGUCCACAAACCUUUUCC